AGGAAAGCUUGUCCCCCUGCAAGGUCGUCAAAGGGACAGCAAACAAAGCGAAGAAAGAGGAGAGGUAUUUAGACAGCGAGCGUCUUUCUUUUCUUCUUUUUCUCCCUGGCGCCAUGCGCGCACAGCGCACGACGGGGGCGGGGGCGCGCGCACCGGCAGCAGCAGCAACAUCCGCAACAGCGCCGUCACUCCGCAGAGCAAACGAGCUUGAUGCGCGCGUGAAGGCGCUGCGAGCGGAGGCACGUACCGGCCUCGCCUCCAACGAGGUGCGCCGCACCCUCAUUAAAGAGGAGCUGCGACCACCUCCGCGGCCCAUCCCGGCUCCUCCAGUGCCUUCCCGACGCACAGCGCCGACGAAUAUUGGCUUUUUAUCAUCAGCGCCAUCAAAAGGUUCUUCUUCCGCCUCUUUGGGCUCCUCCACGGCCGUCACGCGGCCGCGCCACCCCUCCAUCCAGGUAGAAACCACGGGUGACAGUGAAAUUCCUGCGGCGUGGCUUACGGGCGACUUUCGACUGGACGAGUCGUCCGAGCCCUUCACAAGCCAUUCUCCUCUUCCUUCUUCGGCUGCCACCUCCUCAUCUGCGGAUGCCGCUGCCGCCGAUGCCGCAUCCACUAAAGGAACAGAAUCAAGCAGCGUCGAUGUCAGCAGAUAUCUCAGCUAUGCGAAUGCACAGCGGGCUUACGAGGCCCUCUGCCAUGCAGCGCAGGACGUGGUCUACGACGUACCCUACGAAGAGAAGCUGCGGCGUGUGGAGUCGCGAGACGGCCGCACCGGCCUGGCCACCAGCUGGACUUCACGCCGCACCUCUGCUGCUGCUCCGCUGAUCACCAACACGUUUAUCUUGAAUAGGGGCCGUACAGCACUAGGAGAGGAGCCACGCGUCCAAUCAUCGCGUGGUGUCCCCCGCACGCAGCGCAACGCCUCCCCCUCUCCUUACACCCCACCGUCGUCUUCCCACGGCACCUCUGCGCGGCACAGCCUACGAAGUCAACCGUCUCUUCACUCCGAGAGGCUGCCCAGUAGAGACACCUUAUCCGCCCCGCCGGCCGUCGCCACGUCGUUCGUUGGCACGGCGGUCGUCCGCAGCUCCGCCGCGUCCUAUGCAACAUCCCUGCGCCAGCUCGUGCAGACGCAGCGAGAGCAGAAUGCCCUGGCAGAGCAACGCGGACGUCUCUACCAUAAUUUUUCUCCCUCGUCGCCCACGGCCGCGGAAGGCACGGAAGUGGAAGCAGAGUGGCGCACGCGUGUGUCCGCUGCGCUAACCAUCGCGGUGUGUCCUGCGUGUGAAGCGAUGUUCGAGUACGCGCUGACAUCCACGCCGGUGGUCGGUGCGGGGGAGGAGGAACGCAGCGAGAAGGGCGCAACGAAGGAAGACGAUGGAACGGGAGGUGCGUUAGGCGUCGCAAAGGUGUGUCCGCACUGCGGGGCCACGGUGGACGUGUCUGCGGAGGCGACAGCAGCAACCGCAGCAGCGCAUCGAUGGUGGCUGCCGCCGCAGCCGCUGCCACCACAAACAACUGCGGCAGGAUCCGCAGCAACAACGUCAUUCGACGCGCUGCCAUCCUCUGUGGAGCCCACUGUGGCCAACGGAGCGGCAUCCAGCAGUGGCUGUGGGACCGACAGCGUGGGCUUUGCGGAAGGGGACGGUGAGGAGUCCUUUGCCGCCUUGAUUGCCCGCAUUCGGGCCUCGAAAAACAAGGCCGCGGCACGCACCGGAUCAGCAGCCGUUCACCAAACGGCACCAUCCGCCUCCAUUAGCAUGGACGUUUCAGGGACGCGGAAGUCAUAUUCAAAGGGGCAUGCGUCCGUUGGACAGGACAGUGGAGGGGUUGGUCCGCUGCAGCCUUCUCCUUCCGUGCCGUUGUCAGCGCUGGCCGCGCCUGCUCCGUUAGAUCCGAUGGUGCCCAAGCUGCGAAAGGCCUUGAACCACCUCUACUUCUUUGAGCUCAUGAAGGGUGGGACGAACAGCACAGGAAAUGCCUGA